AUGAAGAAAAGGAAACUCCAAACUUCUAAAGGAUGUGUGGUGGUAGAAUUCGAGUGUAAGAAAGAAACCAUGGAAUUAAUCAGAGAAGAAGAUAUCGCAAGUGAGAUCAUAAAGCUCGAUUUAACUCCGGCAAGUACAAAGAUUACUUCUUUCGGAGAUAACAUGGUUUCUGUCUCCAUAGUAGCUGGGAUCAAUAAAGGGUCUAACCUGACAGAAGUGGAAAUCACAAAUAGGAUACAGCCAGCUCUCUUAAAGCUAAUCAGUGCCUCAAGAUACAUAUGCUAUAGCUCCCCAGAAACGCAGAAGAGAAAAACAUAG